CUUGAUUUCUUGCUCGGCGGUGGUGUGAGUUGAGGACCGACAACAAGGACCAGGCACCGUCUCUACCAAGACUCGAUCAACAGUGUUAUCUUCAAGGUUCAUCUGCAUCUUCUUUCUGUUGUCAAUGUUGUCCAUGUUAUCUCUCAAUUGAGAGUCCGUCACCACUCUACCCAGCAUGAAUUGCCGUCAUUCUAAAUGGCCUUCCUCCGUCCUCCAACUCGAAUGCGCCCAGUGCGGCAACAAGGUCGCGCCUUUUACACCACCGCCCUGAUCCUCACUCUCCUCGCAUGUUUUAGCUAUCUCAGGGGCUUUGGCCAUGAUGUGCCCAUUCAGGACCUUGCGGCUCGAUCAAUCGAAGCACGCGAUCUCGAGUGUCGACUCGUCCACACCGUAAAAGACAAAUGCGCCUUCGUCCGAGCGAACUGUCCUGACGAAGAAGCUGGCCUAAUCUCCUACCUCCAAUUCUACUAUUGCUCCCUUCCGCAAGCGAAACCGGUCGCAUUUACCAUCCUGAUAGUAUGGAUCAGUCUCCUUUUCAGUACGAUCGGUAUCGCAGCCUCCGACUUCCUGUGCAUAAAUUUGAGUACAAUUGCAAGCAUACUGGGCAUGAGCGAGAGCCUGACUGGAGUUACCUUUCUGGCCUUUGGAAACGGCAGCCCUGAUGUGUUCUCCACGUUUGCAGCUAUGAGCAGCAACAGCGGUAGUUUGGCAGUGGGCGAGCUGAUGGGAGCAGCUGGCUUUAUUUCGGCCGUGGUCGCUGGAAGCAUGGCCCUCGUCGCGCCCUUUCAGGUCGCUAGAAAGAGUUUCGUUAGGGACGUGGGUUUCUUCGCCGUUGCUGCAAGCUUUUCUCUGGUCUUCCUGGCCGACGGCAGUUUGAAGCUUUGGGAGUGCGCUACCAUGAUCGCGUUCUACGUCUUCUAUGUCAUCUUUGUGGUGACCUGGCAUUGGUGGUUAACUAGACGGCGAAGAGUCAAGCUCGCCGAAACCACUGCUAGGCUCCAACAUCACAUCCCUGACACUCAAGAACUCGAAGUGCCAGAGUUGGACGAGGAUGAAGAGGCUAGGCCUGCCAGUGAACGAACAGGUCUACUACGGGCGACAUCAGAUGGAAGUAUUCCGACGCUAAGGACUCCCGGCACACCUGCGUGGAAGGUGGAAGACCUCGAUGAAGACGACGAAACUCGCGAUCGAUAUCUUGCCGAACUGCAGAGCAAGAUGAGAAUCAGCCGACCUGCUCGAGGUGAACGAAGAAACACCUUGACCCCAAUCCGACCCUCCUUGAUCGGCGCAUUAGAGUUCAGGUCGCUUAUGACUUCGUUGGAAAGGAAGGGUACAGGCGGCAGCACCCAGCCCAUUGGUCUACGAAGAUACUCGGACGAUUCAACAACUCUACUGACGCCGGGCCCUGCUACCGCCGACCCGAGUGCCUCCCAACCAGAUCUUGCUACUCAUGGCUACCUUGAUGUUGCACAUCAAGGACAUGGCGGGCGUGGACGAGCUGUCUCGGCUAAUGAUGCUUCGAGACUUCAAAUCGACACCAACUUUCUGACCGACCGAAUAUCUGAAAGCGCAGUCAGCAGCGAAUCUACAUCACGGGCGCCGUCCACAGGACCCUCCGUCCGCUCGAGUGCUCACAUCUUGCAAACACUGAAUGAGCCUUCUGCUCAAAGGCCACCGUCACCGAAACUAUUAUUGUCUCCGUCUUCGGAAAUUCCGCCGCACAGUGCGCCCCCACGAGUAGAACCUGCAAAAUCGCAAACUUUUCUUGCGCCACCGGCUACGACCUUUCAUCGUCCGAACUAUACAGAUGAGCAUCAGCAUCGUGACCGGAGCCCGAUCUUCUCACCUACUUCAAGGCCGUCACUGCAAGUCCCGCUUUUACAUACACCGCAUCCGGACCACAAGCGACCAGCCUUACACCAAGAAGAUUUUCCUCCAUAUACCGAUUCACCCGCGCUGCUUAGUCCAGCUGGCUCUCGACCACCCAGCAUUCGUCUCCCUGCGCCUAGCAUGUCUCCCGAAUCUUCGCACCUUCUGGGUCUGCUUGGAGAUGACGGGGAGGAGGAAGUUCUUCGGAGAUAUUCGUGGUGGCCAUACAAAUACCUUCCAGCUCCUCAAGUGAUGAUGUCCAAGUUGUUCCCGACAGUCUAUGGUUGGCGAGACAAGUCACAUGUCGAUCGGCUGCUGGGCAUCGUCACUGCUCCCACCGUCUUUCUGCUUACAACCACUUUGCCAGUAGUUGAGCCUAAAGAGGACAACACUGAAGAUCCAGACCUGGCUGAGUUGACUGCCAAUGGUGGAAGCGUUAGCCGAAGCCGGGGCCAAAGUCUGGUUGGUCUUAACCCAGACACUCCUUCAUUGGCACCCAAGUUCAGUGAGGGUGACGGGCCGCCUCACCCACACGGCACGAGUAUCUCUCGACAGUUGUCGGAUCCUCGAAAAAGUUCCAUGCCCACGCCCACUGAUCCUUCCGAACCCAAGGAUUGGAAUCGAUGGUUGGUCUUCUUGCAGGUUUUCACGGCUCCGUUCUUUGUGGUCACCAUCGUCUGGGCCAACAUGGAUGACGAUCACAGUAUAAGAAUGUAUGUCCGCAUGGUAUUGGGAGCGUUGGUCUUUUCGUUGGUGGCCCUUCUGAUACUGCUAUCCCUGACCUCACCUGCCCGCGAACCCAAGUAUCGGCCACUUUUGUGCUUCAUGGGCUUCGCUGUGGCCAUUGCCUGGAUCUCCACCAUUGCAAAUGAAGUCGUGGGCGUCCUCAAAGCCUUUGGAGUGAUUCUGGGCAUGUCCGAUGCCAUCCUUGGGCUGACCAUCUUUGCGGUCGGCAACUCUCUGGGUGACCUGGUGGCGGAUAUUACGGUGGCCAAGCUGGGAUAUCCCGUGAUGGCACUGUCAGCAUGCUUCGGAGGGCCGAUGCUGAACAUCUUGCUUGGUAUCGGAAUUGGUGGCAUGUACAUGACGAUCAAGAAUGCCACCCACAAGCAUGCCAAACAUCCUCAAAAGCCCAUCAAGUACAAACCAUAUCAGCUGGAUGUCAGUACCACAUUGAUGAUCUCUGGGGUGACCUUAUUGGUGACCUUGGUUGGAUUGCUCAUUGUGGUGCCACUGAACGGCUGGCGGAUGGAUCGCAAGAUCGGAAUAGGAUUAAUUACUUUGUGGGCACUGUCGACGGUUGGCAAUGUAGUCGUGGAAGUCCUUGGUUAUGGAGGAGACACCGUCUGAAGAGUGUGAGAAUAUCUAGGACAUGUGCAUAGCCCUGGCGUUUAUGAGACGACACCGAACUUCAUAAUAUACCACAUAGCGUACACAGAUGAUGACAGUCAUAGCAUCCUCGAAUUCCGAUCUAUCUGCGU